AUGCGACUCCUCUGGGUGAUAGCCGCCAUUUUGUCGGUGACAAUCGCUGAUUUACCAUCAUGUGAACGAGCAACCUGUGACCACUGCAAUGUCGAAUUUAUUGCAAGGAUGUUGAAACUCUACACCGAGCAAAGUAGACAGCCACUUCCUACCGCAAAUGUCAACGUUCCACAGCGACAAAACGUCGACUUCAGGAAUGUGGUUCGGCAAGCAGGUGUACCCACGCAACCACAACAACCAGUUCCCGCAUACAAUCCAGCACUCGCCCAACUGCCAAGACCAAUGCAACUGGCCGCACCGCAAGCACCAGUAGCCCCAAUCCAAUAUCCUGCUCCCGCCGUAGCAGUCUAUCUCGUCAACCAGCUGAUUUGGCUCAACCACUUCCAGAAUACCAACAAGGCGCACAGGGUGCAUUUCCCUUCAGCCAACCGCAAACAACGCAAUUUCAACUGGCCGCACCCACACAGCAACAACCCUUCCCCACCGCCGUCAGCAACGUCCAACAACCCGGAAUGA